AUGCCGGAGAACCCAUGUCCUUCUCUACGCAGAGACUUGAUAACGUGCUCAUACCGACAUUGUGCCAUCAAGAACUUUCACAAGUCGUGUGUCAAGAAGCUUGGUAUGGAGAAUGUAUCGCGCUGGUACUGUACGCAUUGCGAGAAGCAGAUGCAACUCACAGCCUACAAGGUGUUGCGCGUGCCCGAACUUAUGGAAAUCUCAGAUAGUGCCUCUGUUCAGAGUCCUCACCAUCAGGAUCUGGGACAUGAAGUGAAGAAGUUUGCUGAAACGGUUGAUCAGCUCUUCAGUAAGAUGGCAGGCGAGUUAGGACAGCUAGUACCUGGAAGGCCGCGGUGA